CCUGGCUUCCGCUAUCCCCUCUCCAUCCAAGCACCCGGGAGCCAUGGAGGUGGCUGAGGCCAACAGCCCCACUGAGGAGGAGGAAGAAGAGGAGGAGGAGGAAGGGGAGGAGCCGACACCCGAGCCCAGGCCUCAUACUCGCUCCAACCCUGAGGGGGCCGAGGACCGGGCUCUGGGAGCCCAGACCAACGUGGGCAGCCGCAGUGAGGGCGAGGGUGAGGCGGCCAGUGCAGAUGAUGGAGCAGCCAGUGUCCCAGGAGCCGGGCCCAAGCCCUGGCAGGUACCAGCACCAGCACCUGAGGUCCAGAUUCGAACACCACGGGUCAACUGUCCAGAGAAGGUGAUCAUCUGUUUGGAUCUUUCAGAGGAGAUGUCUGUGCCAAAGCUGGAGUCCUUUCAUGGCCAGCAGAAGACUGAGCUGCCAGUCACAGAGAAUGUGCAAACCAUCCCGCCCCCCUACGUUGUGCGCACCAUCCUGGUCUACAGCCGCCCUCCCUGCCAGCCCCAGUUCUCCAUGACUGAGCCCAUGAAGAAGAUGCUCCAGUGUCCCUACUUCUUCUUCGACAUCGUCUGCAUCCACAAUGGCACCGAGGAGAAGGAAGACAAGAGGAGGUGGAAGGAUGUAUUCUCCUUCAUGGGCAGCCUGGACACCAAGGGCACCAGCUACAAGUAUGAGGUGGCACUGGCUGGGCCGGCCCUCGAGCUACACAAUUGCAUGGCCAAGCUGCUGGCCCAUCCACUUCAGACGCCUUGCCAGACCCAUGCGAGCUAUAGCCUGCUGGAGGAUGAGGAGGCUGGUGAGGGCGAAGCCACUGUGUGACCCGUGGCAUUUCUGCACCGUUCAGGAGCCCGGUGCACCCACACCCACUCCUACUGUGUCUGCUGUAAAUUCUUCCUGGGACCAGUUUGUCACCAGAAUAAAAA